UCGGGUACCCUAGCACAAUCUGCAUUUAUUUUCUUAUAAAUAGACAGCUCCACUGUCGCUCGAGAAGAAACCAUCAUCUCCCCAUCGCUUUCCUGUUACUAUGUCUACUGAUAAAAUCACUUGCUUGUUGAACUGGCACGCUACUCCGUACCAUUUGCCUCUCUUUUUGGCCAAGAAGCUGAACUACUUUGAAGAGGAAGGUGUCAAGGUGGCUAUCUUGGAGCCGAACGAUCCCUCGGAUGUGACGGAAAUCAUUGGUUCCGGUAAAGUUGACCUCGGUUGCAAGGCGAUGAUCCAUACCAUUGCCGGAAAGGCUCGUGGUUUCCCUAUCAAGUCUAUUGGUACUCUUCUUGAUGAACCAUUUACGGGAGUCGUGUAUUUGAAGUCCCAGAGCGGUAUUACCGAGAAAUUUGAGAGCUUGCGCGGCAAACGCAUUGGUUACGUCGGUGAAUUUGGCAAGAUCCAGUUGGACGAACUGACCCGCCAAUAUGGUAUGACUCCUGAGGACUAUACCGCAGUUCGUGUGGGUAUGAAUGUGACCCGUGCCAUCAUUCGUGGUGAAAUUGAUGCCGGCAUUGGUCUUGAAAAUGUUCAAAUGGUCGAGCUCGAAGAAUGGUCCGUCACUCAAGGCCGUUCCCGCGACGAUGUGGCUAUGCUCCGUAUCGACGAGUUGGCUCAUCUGGGUUGCUGCUGCUUCUGCUCGAUUCUCUUUAUUGGCAACGAGCAGUUCAUUGCAGAGAAUCCUGAAAAGGUGGCCAAGUUCAUGAAAGCCGUCAAGCGUGGCGCCGAUUACAUGUUUGCCCAGCCUAUUGAAGCCUAUGAGCACUUUGUGGAAAUGAAGCCUCAUAUGGACAAUGAAGUGAACCGCAAGAUCUUCCAGCGAUCUUUCAGAUACAUGUCCCGCGAUUUGAAGAACGUGCAACGUGAUUGGGACAAGGUGACCAACUACUGCAAGCGUUUGGAAAUCGUAGACGAUCAAUUCCAACAGAACCAAACCAAUGAAUUCUUGACGUGGCCCCUUUUGGAAGAAGGUCCUGCCGGUGUAGAACCUCCUACUGUCGACACUGGCGUCGUUGGCUACUGCCGCACUGGAAGAUGCUGUGGCGGAGCUACAGUCGAUGUUAAAGCUUGAAGAAUAGCACAAGCUGGAGGUGCUCGAGUAUGACCUAAAAAGCAUACCAAGUGGCUGAGAUUAUACUCCUAACACCUGAUCAGGUUAAUACCUGCGUAGGGAAGCCGCCGAUCCUUCUUUUUCUUUUAGCUAAUAAAAUGCUUUGUCUCAAGCUCAAUAACCGAUGCCAUAAAACAUAAUUUCCCAGUAGCUUAUGCUAGAGUUUUUGGAAUUGUUCAGAUAUUAAGUUCAUUGACAUGAUAAGCUAAUAAAAAUACCAUUGCAUGUUAAAUCAGAG